UGCCCAGCCUCUCUACACACACACGCUUUUGAUAUACAAUUGAUCUCGCUCGACCCUAAAACGUCCGCUUGUCCUGUCCCACCACCGGCCAUGACCGCUUGCCGCCGGCCGGCCGCAGGAGAUUGUCGACAUGCUUUGCCUCCUCCUCCUCUCUGAGCCGUUCCUUCUCCUCCGCCUCCUUCAUGCGCUCCGCCAGGAUCGCCCGUUGCGACUCCUUCCUCUCCUCUGCGCGCUGCACCUGGUGCACUGUCGCGGGCCGUCCCGGCGCCGUGGCAAUGUCGGCGGAGGAAGAGGAGGGCGCUGCGGGGUCGCCCGAGCCGUAGUAGAGCGUGCCGGCAAUGGCGGCGACGAUGGUGGCGCCCUGCAGGCCGACACGCCAGCGCAGCGCCUUUUGGAAGUUGACGCGGUCGCCCGUGCGCAGGUAGUGCGAGGCGUAGAGGAGCGCGCCGACGGUGAGCAGCGAGCCUGACGAGGAGCGUCAGCCAGGACGCUCGCACAGUUG